AUGGGACUUACGCUUGACCCCAAGAUUAUCCAAGGUGAUAUCCUUUCAGGAUUAGCCAAGAAGAAGGAAACAUUCUACUUCUUCCAAAUCAACUCUAACAAUGUUCCUGGCUUCCAGAAGCAGCUGGCCACUUUCGUGCCUCUUGUAACCACUUCGGCGAAGGCUGAUGACUGCCGCAAGGACAUUAGGAAGGCAAAGGAGGAGGCUGCUCGGAAGGGAGAGAAGUGUCCUCUGAUAGAAAUUAGUGGAGUCAACAUCUCUUUCAGCCAGAAAGGGUUGAAUGUCCUUGGAAUUAAAGAUGACAUUGGCGAUGAGGACUUCAAGAACGGCAUGCUUUCAGAGAUCGACGUCCUUGGCGAUGUGCUGCAGGACUGGGACCCUGCCUUCCAGAAGGACAUCCACGGAGUCAUACUAGUUGCAGCGAACUGCAAGUCUGUUCUUGACCAGACACUUGACCACAUCAAGAAGAUCUUCAAGGUGGGCGACGCGCAAGCUGGAAUCAUCGAGAUCAAGACCCUUGAGGGUAGCACCAGGCCCGAUGAAGAGGACGGCCAUGAGCACUUCGGCUUCAAUGACGGACUGUCCCAGCCCUCCAUCAAAGACUUCGACACAGAUCCACAACCAGGCCAGAAGACGAUUGACUCAGGUGUCAUUCUUCUAGGCCGCGAUGGUGAUGCCAAAAAAGAUACCCGUCCAUCAUGGGCCUGUGAAGGCAGCUUCCUUGCUUUCCGCUAUCUGAGACAACUUGUACCAGAGUUCAACAAGUUCCUGGAAGACAACAUCCUUGUGAUAGAUGGGACUCCAGUGCCGGAGCUACUUGGGGCUCGCAUGGUGGGCAGGUGGAAGAGUGGCGCUUCUGUACAACAGACACCAACACAGGAUGACCCAGAAUUCGUGGAUCCCUCCGUUAACCAGGCGUUUACACAUGACAAGAACAGCCAAGUCAUGUGCCCCUUCGCCGCCCACACCCGGAAGACCAACCCGCGUGGUGACAUCCCGGAUUCCGCCAUCGCCCCGAGCCGAAUUCUGCGCCGCGGGAUUCCAUUCGGCCCCGAAGUUACGGACGAGGAGAAGGCAGCCAAGAAGAGCUCGGACGACGAGAAGCUGGAGAGAGGCCUUCUAUUUGCCUGCUACCAGAGCAACCUGGACAAGGGUUUCCGAUUCGUCCAACAAUCCUGGGCGAACAACGCGAACUUUCCGCCACAAAAGCAGAAUGGCAUUCCCAAAGUCGACCAGCCUGGUAUCGACCCUCUCAUUGGAGUUGGCACGCCUCGCCAGAUGGCGGGAAGCAACCCGGACAUUAAUGCCGCCAACACAAAUCUUCCUUUUGAUGCCAAGUGGGUCAUCUCACGCGGUGGAGAGUACUUUUUCUCUCCUUCUAUUCCUGCGUUGAAGGACACUUUUGCCGCCAAGGCGACCCCGGCCGAAUUGUAA